GUUCCGAUUAGACACUUGCCCUUAGCAGACAACGAAAAAGGUCAGAGACGAAUCUGGUUCCGCAUUCUGUUAGUAGGCGUCGUAUUUUUUGGUGUCGUAGACCUGUUACUCCUUUAAAAAAAAUUCCUUGGACUUAAAACAAAAAUUGCAAAAUGGCGAGCGCUGAUCAUACUAGAGAUCCCUGCCCUUAUGUUAUUUUAAAUGACUUUGGUGCUGCCUUUUCCAUGGGUACUAUUGGUGGUGCUAUUUGGCACUCUAUUAAAGGAUGGAGAAAUAGUCCAGCGGGAGAAAAGCGCAUUUCCGCCAUCACAGCCGCCAAAACUAGAGCUCCUGUAUUGGGUGGUAACUUUGGUGUUUGGGGUGGUUUAUUCAGUACAUUCGAUUGCGCCGUAAAGGGAGUCCGAAGGAAGGAAGAUCCAUACAACGCCAUUAUUGCUGGUUUUUUCACUGGUGGUGCUUUAGCUAUUCGUGGUGGUUGGAGAGCCACCCGUAACGGUGCUAUUGGAUGUGCUUGUAUUUUGGCUGUUUUUGAGGGUCUUGGUAUCGCUUUGAAUCGUAUGCAAGCAGAAGCAAAUCGUCCCGUUGCUCCCGUCCUCCCAGAACCCGCUUCCUCGUCUUCUUCUGCUCCUGCUGGUGCUGCUAUUUAAUCAUGGGAAUGAAAAAUUUUUCUAUCGCUUCAUUGAUUACCAUGAUAGACGAACAUUUUCUAAAGUUUACCUAAUCUGCAUUUUUGAUUAUAUGGCUUCCUAAUCUGCCUUCUUUUCCCUUCUUUCUCUGUCGCUUGCAGCGAUCCCUUGACUAGUAUUAUUUUACUCGCUAAUUUUUUUAUUCAAGUAUACAAUUUUACGUCUUUGCUGGUCGCGAGUCUUUUUCUCUGUCAUCUUCUUCGAAAAGCAAAAUUUGAUUAUAGGUUUUCAUUGUUGUAUUGCUUUGUCAUUGGAUAUACCCUAAAGUUGUGAUCUUCAUGUUCAAAAAAAUCCGAAAGAUAUUAUCGAGUUUUGCAUUAUUUUGUUCUGGAAAUGAAGGCUCAUUUUGACUUACCGUCUUCUUUUACCCUCUACCUCUCCGCUGACAUGUAAUUUACUUACCCUCAUAUUAGACAUUUACUAUGUUUAAUAAAAAUAACCUUCUGA